UACACAAAUUAUAACCUAACACAAACAUUAUGACCCGUUUAUCAAAAAUAAACCAGGACUGUAAACCAAAGCCAAAUUUUUCAAAUAGUGCGUGAAGGCGAAUCCAACUGCGCAGGCGCAAUCGAAUCGUUUACAAGUGAAUCACAACCGUAUCAAAAAAACAAUCAAUUUACCACUGAAAACAUAUUUUUUCGAAGCGUGACAGUUUUUAAUUGUUGCAUGUAAUAAAUUAGCGUAACACUCCCGGUGCCACAAUGUCCACAUUCAACUCGAUAUUCAAUCUGUGCAUCUUGGUUGUGUUGUUCUUCGACUGCGUUUUAGCGAACUAUUGCGACUUCGGGCUGUGCGACAAGGGUUUGUAUUGUUGCGGGGAAAACAAAUGUUGCAAAUCGGUUGACGUUUGGUAUUACUGGGCUGCAGUUUUAUUAAUUGUCAUUAGUGUGAUAAUUGUUAUAUACGUAUUUCUACGAAGGAGGAGAAACCAAGACUAUUUAUACACAGAGGUUAAACAGUCUGAAAUUUCUUAAAUUAUAUGUAUAUCCUUGAAACUGAUCUUGUUGAUUAAAUGUAAAUAUUCUAGUCACAGCCAAUGUCAUUCCUAUUUUAAUAACUUAUUUUUUAAAAUCUAUGUUUUUUUACUUCUAGUUGUUAAAUAAACUCAUAGGAUACUCUCAAAAGCUUU